AUGGAGGCACAGCUAGACCCCAUGAAGGAUGACUUGCCCUUAAUGGCCAACACUAGCUACAUGCUUGUAAAGCACUAUGUGUUGGACUUGGAUGUGGAUUUUGAAAGCAAAGUUAUUGAAGGCAGCAUAGUUUUAUUCUUUGAGACUGGGAGCCGGUACAGGAGAACCAGCAGUACUGGUGAAGAGGGCUGCCAGUCACAGUUUAAGGAAACGUGUAAAAUGAGGGCAUCUGAACCAUGCCACAUUCCUGUGACAAACGUGGGAGCCUGUUCAUCCAAAAUGGAAUGUAAUGAUUUUGCUGUUUGUGGUAAAGGUGAAGAAGAUACUUCUGAAAAAAAUGGUAACCGUGGCAACAAGGAACAGACUGAUGGGAUUUCUAUUUCAAAGGAUGACAUAGAGAAUCAUGGGAACAAGGAUUUUCUACUGAUAUUGGACUGCUGUGAUUUGUCUGUGCUAAAGGUUGAGGAGGUAGAUGUUGCUGCCGUGUCAGGCAUUGAAAAAUUCACAAGGCCUGCUGAGCUAACUGAUGUUCCAAAGGAGCUGGAAAAUCUCAGGAAUCAGAUUGUGCGCGAACUAGUGACUUUACCGUCAGAUCGCUGGAAAGAACAGCUAUAUUAUUUAACUUGCUGCAGCCAGGCGCCUGGCUGUGGAGACCUUCUGUUUACUACUGGCACUUGGAGCUUGGAGAUAAGGAAAUCAGGAAUUCAGACUCCAGCAGACUUUCCUCAUGCAAUAAGAAUAUGGUACAAAACCAAACCAGAAGGCAGAUCUGUUACAUGGACUACAGACCAGAGUGGCAG